UAGUAACCUAUCCUCUUAUUAAAUUGCGAUUUUAGAUAGAAGAAGCAAUGGGAAAAGGAUAUAAUAAUUAUAUGUGUAAAAAGGAUUUCCAUCCUGGGGCCAUAUGGAACCUAAAGAGAGUCUUCAUGGCUCAACAAAAAAAUGAAGAGAAGGUAACCUAUGAAAAUGAUAUGAAAAAUCUAUAUCAAAAAGAACAGCAGAUGAUUGAACACAGACAAUUGUUGGGUGAUGAUAAAGCAAAGUUGGGUUUAAGUUUUAUGUAUGAUCUACCUCCUGGAGCUCCUAAACAAGCUGCUAAAAUUCCAAAUGAAAAUGAAUUAGUUAGUUUAAAUCCUAUACCAGUAGCAAAUUCUAAAGACAUUGUUCAAGUUGAUAAUAAAGGAGAGGAAAAGAAAAAAGUUGAAUACAAAUUUGAAUGGCAGAGAGGUGCACCUAGGGAAAGCUAUCUCAAAGGUAAAACAGAUUUGCUAAUAGAUCAGCCAUUUGGAAUUUGUGUUAGGAAUGUCAGAUGUUUAAAAUGUCAGAAAUGGGGCCAUAUUAACACAGAUAGGGAAUGCCCUCUUUACAAGGAAUCAAAUACUAAUCUGGCUGAUUUUUUUGAAAAAAUUUCUGAAGAAAAACAUCAAAAAUUACUAAAUGAUAUGCAAAAGGAAGGAUUUGGUCUGAAGAAUAACGCCCUAGAUAAAAGAUUGACAGAUUUUAAUGCUAAUCAAGACCUGAUACCUUACGAUGACAAAGAGGAUCUUGAUAUAUCAUCCGCCGAUAACAUAUUACGAGAUUUGAAUUACAUCAAAACAUUAUCCUCGUCUCAAAAAGUUUUGUUGUACAAAACGAUAUCCAACAUAGUUACGAAGUUUUCUUCCGACCAUGCUAAAAAACGUAAAAACUACGCCAAAGAACAUAAAUUUAAAUCACCUAGCAUAAGUUUAUCAAAAGUUGUUAGGAGCAAAGAAAGGCAUGGAUACGUUGACAAUUUAUCAUCUCAAGCAAAAAUCUCGAGAAAGAAGCAGCAUAAACAGGUCGAUAGCUACACGAGCAUUAGUAGUGGUAGUUAUGAAGUAACAGAAAGGCAGAGAAGAGAAUACAAGAGAAAGAAGAAUUAUUAAUAUUUUAUAUAUGAUUAUUUAGUUAACGAGUAUUCACUUUUUAGACAUACGGGAUAGAAUGCACUAGGGAUUAGAAUAUAAUUUAUUAAAUAGAUAAAGUUGAAAUAAAAUGAUCAUUUUUGGUUAUAAUUAAAAGUAUACACCACACCUUAUAAUA